GCAAAAGAUCGCGCGCCGAACCGCCAAAGACUUGAGUGGACGAUGACGCAUCGGGAGGGGACGAGGCGUUGGCGGCAUCGAGGCCGAGCGAGGGAGGGAAAUAAUAGGGCCGGAGAGGAUUGGGCCCAUCAAGAGGGGCAGUCAUGAUGAACAAAAAAAGAGAAAGAGAGGCUAUGAGGGGGGUUUUAACAGCAACGAGGAAGAGAUGAUGGGGGGAAACGUGAGGAGGAGAAACUAGUAACGAUGGAGAGCUCGGAGAAGAAGUCGAAAAAAGAAAGCCGACGAAUGACGACCGCCGAAUUUCCCGCCGCCGUCGGCCUCGUCUUUUUUUCCCGCCCCAGGAUUCGCUCUCGCCUCGUCUUUCUGCCUCGUCGCGCCCUCUCCACUCUGCUGCACUGCUCGUCUUCCCCUCCGCAGUGUCUUUAUCCUUCCCUGUUCUCCCUCCCCUCGUCUUCUCGGUCUGUUCCGAUUAUCCCCCGCCAUGUCGUUCUGGAAGGAAGCCUGUUUGAACCUGCGUCAUGCCCUUCCCAAGACCGGGGAAAGCAUCUGUCGCUCCCAGUCCAAGCGAUUCCUCUCCUCUUCUUCUCCGGCCCAGUCAUCCCGCUUUCUCGGCUCUAGCAGACUUUCGAUCAAUGCCCGGAGAAGCUUCCUGAACCAGCCGUCGUGGUCCGCUCCCUCGGGGCGCCGCAGCUUCUCCGUUACGGCCGCUGCUCAGCAUGGCCAUAUCACGCCGCCCAAGCCGGGCGAGGAGAUCAAUGUGACCUUCAUCGAUAAGGACGGCGUGAAGAUUGAUCUGCAAGUCUCCGAGGGCGACAACCUGCUGGACAUUGCACAGGCAAACGACAUCGAAAUGGAGGGUGCCUGUGGCGGUUCAUGCGCCUGCUCCACGUGCCACGUGAUAGUCGAGGAGCCGGACAUGUUCGACAAGAUGGAAGAGCCAUCGGACGACGAGAACGACAUGUUGGACCUUGCAUUCGGUCUGACGGAGACCUCCCGCCUGGGAUGUCAAGUGGUGAUGAGCAAGGACCUCGAUGGCCUCGUGGUCCGGCUGCCGUCCAUGACUCGGAACCUGCAGGCAAGCGAUUUCGAGCCGAAGAAAUGA